GUUCUUACUGCUGGUAUGCUAGUUAUCUUCAAGUUUUUAGAUAAAGAAGUGUAUGAGGAGCUAUCUGCUCACCAUAUUCAGUUUCUAAAUAAAUUUCCCAAACUGAGUGGCAUAUGGUGGAUUCAGGGGAGGCAUAAUAUAGCUAUCGCACACAUUUGCUACCUUUUCUUGUAACAACAUAAUGAAUUUCCUCCAGGAAUAAUUCAGUUUAUACCUUCACAUUUGUAUAAGACUAAGCCCUCCAGUUGUUUCUUCUGACUCAUCUUGCACGCCUCACGGAUCCCACACUGACCCGCUGGUGAGUGACUGGUGCAGUGUCAAUGCUAGUCUUCUGGGAACCCCAAAUGGAAUUAAUUACAUUUAGGACCCCCUAAUGUAUCACCUGUAUUUACAUAUUGCAUGUGACAAACCUUCCUAAAUGCUGCAGGUGAUUUCUACUAGCAAAGAACACUAUUAGUUUGAUAAAUCUUAUUAAAUGAUAAUUAUUUUGGGGGCCCCACAGAUAAUUGGGCCCCAAGCAGCUGCAUGCAUCACCUGUACUAAAAAUGAGCCUGAACUGGGGGUGUCUCACCUGCCCACCCACUAACCCUCAUCUACAUCUAUGCGGCCUGAGUGUCGCAGUGUGUAGGUGGUGUGGGCCUCAAGAUCCGCCGGUGGCUGAUGGCGGCCGUGGCGAUGGUGAGCUGCCUCGUGGGCCUGGCCUCGGCUGGCCACGCCUUGCACACUUCCUGGAUGCAACUUGAGGAGCUCUGGCACGCCGAGUACAAGACUGUGGAGCAGAUAAGGGCAAUCAGCCAACCUGUUGCUGAGCUCAGCGACGCGUUGCAGAGAUACAUAGUGUCAUGGGAGGGGCUUGUGGAAGACUCGAACUCGGGCCCGCUCCACCUUGCCUCGGAGGACCCAGCCGCCGGGUUGUCGCUUUUGCGUCACGUGGCUGAGGGCUGGACGCAGGUGGACGACGCCCUCUUCAAAGUGAAACACAUCCUGCACCACAUCGAACACCUGGCGUCACGGGUCGAUAGGGAGGUGCUUCCGAACGCGGCUGACGUGGCGGCAGCGUCUGAGGCCGUGGCUCGCCUGGCCCACGUGUACGGCGUCAACGCCACAGCGCUGGCUGCGGGCGGCCGCCUGGUGCUGCAGGCUGUCACAGGGCACGACCACCACCACCACCACCAUCUCCUCUCAGUAAACGACCUCACGUCCGUCGGCUUGGUGGCUGUGAACAAGGGCUUCCUCGAUGUAGGAGUCCAGUUCCUGCAGGUGGCCAAAGCACGGGCCGCGGCCUCCCAGCAGGCGCGACUCAGCAGUCUCCUGGCCACUGCUGUCAGAGUGCAUGACCACGUGCUGGCGCUGAGAGGGCCGCGCACGCUCACGCACGCGACGGCCCCAACGCCCCACGGCAGUCCACGGGAGGAGCAUGGUGCAGGGGCCGAGGAGGCCGGCGUGGUGCUGGGCGUGGACUACCUACGGAGGCACGCCAACGCCUCGUGGAUGCUGGAGCGGCGGCCGCUGCUGGAGCGCCUGCAGGUGGAGCGGCUGUGCAGGGGCGAGGACCUCAGGGCGCCUCACGUGACGUCACGCCUGCGCUGCCGCUACGCCUCCGGGGGCAGCUCGUGGCUCUCCCUUGCGCCCCUCAAGGUGGAGCAAGCGUCCCUGGACCCGUACAUCGCCGUGGUGUACGAGGUGGUGAGUCGGCGAGACGCGGCUCAUCUCAGGGACAGGACGAGGAGUCGCCUGCACACUCAACACUGUCCCGUUGGAGACCCCCACGCCGCCUCCCCCGUCACCAGCUGGUCCCAUGAAUGUGCGAGUGUGCGGGAGACGGAGGAGGCGGCUGUGGCGGGCGUGGGGCGUCGUCUUGGUCAUCUCCUCGGAGUCUCUCUUGACGACGCUGCCUCGGAGCCGUACAUGGUGGUUAAUCACGGAUUGGGUGGAGAGUAUGGCGCCCACAGGGACACCCACGGGCCCUCCAGGACGCCCCCGCAGCCCGAGGUCGGCGAGAGGCUGGCCACCGUCCUCACCCACCUGCAGGCGCCCGCACAAGGUGGGCGCACAGUGUUCCCGUGGGUGGGCGUGGGCGUGGGCGGGACGGACGGGGCGGCGCUGGUAUGGUGGAACCUUCUGGCCUCCCACGAGCACGAUUUCCUCAUCCGCCGAGCAGAUUGCCCCGUCGUGCUGGGCCACAAGACGGUACUAACCAAAUGGGUGGGCUACGCGGCCCAAUGGAAACGGCUGCCCUGCCCCGCCGACCCCUCCAGGAAGGUCAUGUUGCCUUGGCACUGAGGGUCAAGGUCAGUGAAGGCCAACGGGGCAUCAUGUUUCGUACGUAGAUGAUGUCUCAGGGCGAGGCGAGUGGGUGGCGUCAGAGCAAUAUUACUUUGUGCGUUUUCGUAGUUAAUGAAACGAAAAAAAUAACAAUUAUGUCUCGUAGCUUAUAUGUUGCUUUGCUGUGGGAACGUUCCGUAUGUAAUCUUUAGUGUUGAAUGUAGUAGUUAGAUGAAUGUGUGUAGUGUAGGCAAGUAUGUUUGUAGACUAACAAUUCUGCACUAGACGAUGGUAUAAUGUAUAAUAGGUUUAUGAAGUAAGUUGUGUGACUGUGGGGUACUUGAGACUAAUGUGUGUGUGUGUGUGUGUGUGUGUGUGUGUGUGUGUGUGUAAUACAGCCAAGUGUGAGCGUAAACUAACAACCUAGCACUGGACACUAGUUUAAUGCAUGUCAAUUUAUAGUGUAAUUAAUGUCUGUAGAUAAUACAUAUGUCUGAAAGUAAUAUUUGUGUGUGGCAAUCAAAACCUAUGUCCUUCAGCGGAUAUAAUAAUGAUGCUAAGGUAUUGUGUGUCUCUAGGUUAUGUUUAGGUGAGUGUUAAUGCCGAGUCUUGUGUUGAGUAAGUUCGGCACGCGGGGUAAAUAAAACAAGAUUGCGAGCCACCAUUCUUAACUCCCUCACUCCCCCCUGCGUCUCGUGGAUAUGACUCGUCCCUCGCUGGUGAUGCUGAGGUAACUUUUGUGUGUCUGUAGGUAAUGGUUGGGUGACUAGGUGCUGAGGUUUGUGUUGAGUAAGCACGCGGGGGAAAUAAAAAUGCGAGCCAUCAUUCUUGACUCUCUCACUCCCUCCUGCGUCUCGUGGAUAUGACUCGUCCCUCGCCGGCCUCUCCCUCUUCGUCCCCAACCACUGGAGUGAAUAAUAACAUGUGGGGCUCAGAGGGACAAUAUUGGGUAUCGAUUAAGUUGGUAGAGGGAUAUCGGGCCCGCACAACCCGCCUCCUUAGCCCGGUCUGCAACGUGGAAGGAACGGAGGUUGAUGCCGCGAGUCUGGCCUCACCUUCCCGCUCGUUGGGUGUUUUUCUUCCUUGGGUCUGGAAA